AUGGACACAAAUAAUCUUGAUGAUCAUUCUCUACAAGUGAUGGAGAGGAAGAAUAUGGUAGAUGAAGAUGACUUUGAGUAUCUGAAUGGAAAUUUUCAAAGAGGGGCCUUUGAUAGAUUACAAGAGAUGUAUCUACUUGGCAUACCAAGAAUUAAACAUUUGGGGAGUGGUGUCAUCAAACCUCCAUCACUACACAAUUUUAUGAUUCUUGUUAUUGUAAAGUGUCCCUCCGUUAAAAGCCUAUUUGUGGAGUCAAUUGCAUUAUGCAUGGUGAAUCUUCAAUGUUUACGUAAUUGUGACUGUGAGAUGUUAGAGGAAAUUGUUUCAAUGAAUACAGAACAAAAUGAAGAUACCCAGAUGCUUGAAUUCCCAAAACUACAAGAAAUUAUCCUUCAUAAUUUAAGAAAUUUUGAGAGCUUGAGAUCGGAAUCAAACAAGAUGUCCCAACCAAUGUUCAAACAGGUUACACAGCCUAACUUGGAGCUUUUGACACUUAAUCAACUAACGUCAUUGGACAUGAGAAGUUUACCCAAAUUAGUGCAUAUCACAAGGAUCUUUCCUAAAGAUAUUUGUAUCUUUGAGAAUUUGACAGAACUUCGAGUUGCAAAUUGUGACAACUUAAGAUACUUAUUCUCACCUUUAAUUUCCAAUAAACUUGUGGCUCUAAAUUUUCUUCGAGUUUGGAGAUGUGAAGCAAUUGAAGAGAUUAUUGGAAGACAAGAAGAAGACGACACUUCAAACAUUGAAAUUGUAGAAGAAGGAAUGACAAGCAGAAUUGUGUUUCCUAAAUUGAUCGAUCUAAGACUUUAUCAUCUUAAUAGAUUCAAAACGAUUUUCUCUCAGAACUAUGAACUUCUGUUCCCUUCACUAGAGCAUUUGCUAAUAAUACAUUGCCCUGCGAUGACAAAAUUGAGUUCAAGACAACAACUAAGUGCACCAAAGCUUGAUAAAGUACAGAUAGAAGGAGAAAAAUAUGUUGAUAUUUCAAAUUUCUUGGAUGCCGAAGGUUCAAUACAGAUAUGA